AUUCAACAAGGAACGCUUUGACAAGCAGAAGGCAAACGUAGCGAUUUCCAGCCCUUGUUGCCCGCUCCUUGGUUUCAUCGACUACACGCACAUCCCACUACACGGAAUUGUCUAAAUAGGUCACCAUGCAGAAGAUUAUCCUUGCUUCCCUCCUCAGCGCUGCGGCUGCUUUCGCCCCAUCCACAUCCAGUGGAAAGGCCGUCACAGCUCUAAAUGCCGAGAAGAGCCCUGCCAUUCCCUUCCUUCCAUACCCCGAAAACCUGAAGGGAUAUGUUGGAGAUGACGUUGCCUUUGAUCCUCUUCGCAUUUCUGACUACUUCCCCAUGGACUACCUUCGCGAGUCUGAAUUGAAGCACGGACGUAUCUGUCAGAUGGCCGUCGUUGGAUUCAUCACUGUUGAUCUUGGUUUCGUUGUCCACCCACUUGGACAAGGCCUCACCUCGGCCACCGCACACGACACUAUGGUCGAGAAUGGUGUCAUGGGAAAUGCUCUUGUUUUCAUUGGAUUCCUUGAGCUUGUGUCUUACAUUGCUGUCUCCGAAAUGCUUCAAGGGUCUGGACGUGAACCAGGUGACUUCGGUUUCGGAAACAAAUUCCUUGAGGGUAUGUCCGAAGAUGAAGUCAAGACCAUGAAAUACAAGGAACUCGCCAACGGGCGUUUGGCUAUGAUGGCUUUCGGCGGUAUGGUCACCCAAUCUGUCCUUUACGACAAGGGAUUCCCAUACUUCUAAGCUGCUGCUACAUCAUUGUGACAGUGGCAAUAAUUAGCCCUUUGCUUUGAGUAAAUCGAGUGUAAUUACGCUAACAUUUUAGAACAUUAUUUGCUCAG